GUUAUUUUAUUGUUUUAGAGAUUUAAAUUUUCUGAAACAUGACUCGGAUAAUAAGAAAAAUAUUUUUAUUAUCUUCACGAAAACUGACAUUUUUGUUUUUCAAAAAUUAGGAAAAACAUAUGAAGUUAUUAUCCCUUAUAUACAGGUUUCAAUGAUAUACCCUUUCAAUCCUGAUGGUCAGUAAGUCAUGACAGAGAGCCAUGGGUUAACAACAGAAGAUGCUUUGGUAAAAUUAAAACAAAUAUUAGAAAAUGAAGUUUGCUUGUUUCAAAGACACAAAACAAGAUGGCCUUACGUUUUAAUGAAAACAUUUUACCCUAGUGAGUCGACACUAGUUUCAUGGAUUGGCAUUAUUUGUAUACUUCUUGAAUUGGUGGCAAUUGUGGUUAAUGCAGCUGCUGAUCAACAAGAAAGAUUUGCGUCAUUAUGUCUGGAGAUUUUUAUUAUUGCUGUAUUAACAAUUACGGUGAUUGGAUCAUCAAUUAGAGAAGCUCUUCUUAAAUCAAAUGAAGUUGAAAGAAGAAUAUUACAAGUGAAUCAAAGUUUUGAUGACUUGUUCAAUGCUUCUUCAUACAGUGACUUGCCAGAUCUCGCUAUUCCAGAAUGUAAUUCCAUAACAUUAGUUUGGACAUAUCGGGACAAUAAAAUUGUUAACCUCCCAUGGAAUUUGUUAGUUGAAGGCGAUAUCAUUAUUCUUGGACCAAGUCGAGUUGCUCCUGCAGAAUGCAGACAGGUUAGUUCAUUGAGUCCAAAAUCUUUUAACACUACCUCUCACGUAACAUUAGAAGCUGGCGAUAUAUACAACCCAACUGAAGAGGAAGCAUGUGCGAGUUGCAAACCAUUUCCACGACAGCGUUUUGAAAUUAUACAAGCACCUGCUAGAAAAAUAAUAAGGUCAUACCUAGAAACAAGUUGUAAAAAGAAUGUGACAAUCUCCUCGAAAGACGUCAAUCUCAUAGUAUAUAUCAUAGAAUCUCGAGUUAUUUGGCUAUUCAUGUUCUUGUCAGUGGCAAUGAACCUUUUAAGGUGGCAAUUAAUGCCAGAAGCAGUUGGGCCUUAUUUAGAAAUGCUUCUUCUGUUACCAGCGUACACAAUUUUGCCUCUACUGCCAUUAACCUUCCCCUUGUUGUGGAUCUUGGUAACUAUGUAUGGGACAGCAAGACUAAGAACAUUGUUUGAUCUUCAUACAGUAAAAAUGGAUUCAGUAUAUUGUGAGGUAGAAGAACAUGUAUCGUUAAAACAUGUUGAUUGCGUGACUGCCAUUUCUUCAUUCUGCAAAAUCAUUGCUGGUGACCCAUUGGGAUUACCUAGAACUGUGGAUCUUUUGCAUACCCUGGGAAGCAUUACAACAUUUUGCUGCACUGACAAAGAAGGGAUACUAUGUCAUACCAGAGCAAGUCCAGAAAAGGUUUUCUUUUUCAAAGACCAAGCGAAAGUAAAACGUACAAAAGAAGUGAUCAAUCUUCUCGAAACUGACACUAAUGAUUUUGAAGACCAUGAAAAAGAAUUACAUGCCACAUGUGAUAAAGAAGGUAAAGUGGGAAAUGAUAUUGAAAUAUUGUCCAUAUCACCCCAUUCUAAGUCUAGACAUGGUAUUCAGUUUGAUGAUGUUGACUGGGAUGAGGAAAUGCCAUCGUUGAAACCUUUAGGAAUAAAUAUCCUGUUAAAUUCCUCAUGCUUGUACCCAUUGAAAUCAAUUCGAGAUGAUGACUUCAUUCGACAUCUGUCCUUAGCAGCAAAUUCAUCAGCUGUACCUAACUUUCGAGGAUGCAUGUGUUCUUUUGCGAAAGAGAUUGGAUUUCAAGAUCGUAUUAUCAAUAUGUAUAAAAACAAACAGCUUAUUAUCGCCUACAGACAAGUGAAUACUUCGACAGACUUAACACGCACUGACAAUGUGUUUGUGUCGUUAGUGAAGGAUAAACAUGUACCAUGUAUCAUAUCGUCAGUUGUUAAUGAAGGACAAAAUGGUGUCUCACAAUUGCUAACACAAGGUUCUGCUGAUCUUAUAUUUGAUACAUGUUCUGAAUUUUGGAAUGGGGAAGAGAUAUGUGAAUUAACUCACGCGGAGAAGUUGAAAGCAUUAAGUUUCUUCCAAAGAAUGAACAUCACUGGCAAAUGUGUUGCGUUUGCGUAUCGACCAGUAUUAGAGGAAAAUACAGAAUUUAAAGACACCUUAAUUGAAUUUACCGAACAAGAAAUAGCAGAGAACAAUAUACCUGAUGACGUCAUAAAUAGUCAUACACCAAAGAAAAGUAUUUUGUGGAUGAAGAAAACACAGAAAGAUUUAAAAUGCGAGGAUUUGUUGACACCCAUGGAACACGAAAAUCAAACUGCUUGCACGAAAAACAUAUGUAAGCAAAUCUUUCUUGGUAUGGUGAGUUUCAGUCAUGCUUUGAAAGAGGAUGUUAUCAACAUGGUCGAACAACUCGACAACGCUGGGAUACGUUUUGUGCAUUUCUCAUAUGAGAAUGAACUUUUAAGCAGGGUCUUUUGCCAGCGAUUAGGGUUAGAGACUGGAUGGAAUUGCCAUAUCUCCCUAGCGGAAGACAACGAAACAACAUUUGCUGACGAAGCUUCUUCAUCGGUUGCAGAAUCCAUGCCUCUUUUACAGGAUGAUGAAAACGAGGCUUUUAGAAUGGUUGGACGUCGUGGCACCGAUACGUCAAUUAGUUUGGGUAAGACGGGUGAUUAUUAUCCAGGACAACCUGAAGAAGCAAUAGAGCCAUACUGGUUGAGCAACAAUUCCAAGUUACCAAAAGGUAUACAAAGAAUGAGAUCACACCUGGAAAAAGUAGAUGACGUUCCUCUUUUAGUUCCACUCUUCACGGAUUGCAGUUCUCCUGCCAUUAGUGAGAUGGUCAAAAUCAUGCAAGAGUAUGGCGAAAUCGUAUGCUGUGUUGGGAGUGUGCUAAACUCGAAAAAUCAUGAAAUCUUGACGCAGAGUGAUAUUAGUAUUGCUUUAGAACCAGUUAUCCACCAACCAUGCAUUUUGAAGCCGCCCCAGCUACACCCCAGAAAGCUUACACGAGAACGUUCAGUAUCAGAAUCUGAUGUUUCAAUGGAUGCACCAAAAGAAGGGUUGCUGGCACUGAGCAUGUCUUUAAACAGUAUCACUUGUUCACUGACGUGUCAAAGAACAAAUGUCUUUCCAAUAGCUGCUCUGUUAUGCGAGGCACGGCGAUUGACUAUUGGAUGUCAAAAUUGCUUUUUAUUUUUACUGUCCUGUCAGUUGUCACUUUCAUUGUUAAUGUUAUUCGCCUCCCUCGCCUUACUUCCGCCACCGUUGACCGGCAUUCAACUUUUGUGGUUGAUAUGUGUUAUCGUACCACUACUGAGUUUAUCAUUGAUUGGCACGCCAGCCAAUAGCGGUCUUAUGAAAAUGAUCACGGGAAAGCGCAAACAAAACAACUUAAAUAAAAAGGAAUUUGUUUAUCCGUUUGUUAAGCAGUUUAUUCCGACAUUUGGAUUAAACGCAGUUUUUGUUGUUAUUUUUGUAUUACCAUGGCUACUGUUUUCGUUUUGUACCAAUGCUAAUUUACCGAAUUUGGAAUGUCAUUGGCUGUUUGGUGCAAGAAAUAUAUCAGAACACUGGCAUGGUAGCUGUGACCAGUUAAAGGGUGGUUUCUACAUGGCACAAGAUCUGGUUUUGUUGUACAUCACACUUACUUUUAUUAUGUUAUCGGUGAGUUUUGUGUACCGUACUCAGCUCCUGUGGAAGAAAUCACCUUUUCACAAUAAACCGUGGUGUGUCUGCGUUAUUGUAAGUUUUAUCCUACAACUUGUCUACACAGUUUGUUCGUUAUCGUACUGGAAAAACGAGCGUUCAUCUGCUGACGUCAGCAUAAAGCAUGUCUCACCGUACUUGUAUGCUGUUUGCGUGGUAUGGUUGUUCGCUCUCGUAAUGAUUAAUGAGGUGUUAAAGCGCAAAUAUAUAAGGGCUUAUGUUCGAUUCCAGAAACGCGAAAGAUUAAAGUUUGACACAAAACUUGGAAUGAAUUCCCCCGUCUGAUAUUCACUAUGCAGAGUCGAUUUAUUGCUGGCUUCUUCAGAGUUUUCUAGCAUGAUAGAAGAUCUGACACGAAUUCCUGAUAACACAUGCACACGUAAAUUCUUCACGAAAUUAAAGUACACGGGAUGCGUGUUCAACCAAGUUCGUCAACAAAUACGAUUUACCCGUAGAGUCUGUUUUCUGAACUGCAAUGCACCUAAAAUUCUGUAAUAUCAUGCUGAUACAAACAGCUAUUCAGAAUACGUGUUGUUGGGUUAUCCAAUCUGGAUGUAAGGACACGGAAAUUAAAAUGAAAUGUCAUAUAUCAGUUAAAGCAUUUAGUCAAUAAUAUGUGAAUAAAAAGUGAAUACUAACAAAA